AAGUAGAUUGAGAUUAAAAGUAAAAAUGCUGUGUAGUUUUGCAGUGAAAGCAAGGAGUUUGAGAACUAGGGCAUUUUCCCCUUUGACAGUCGGAGUAAUGGGGUCUAAGAGGCUCCUUUCAAACUCAUCCGUGUCGGCUUCAUCUACUGUUGAGGGAAAGACAGAUAAGAAGCUCAAGGGAUUAGCUACUGCAGAUUUAAAUUCUGAUGAGGGUGAAGUUAAGGGGAAUGGUGGGAAAGGUAAAGUGGUUGAGCAGGACAAGAAUGAUAAUAAAGAACAAGGUUUGGUGGGUACCAAUUAUGAUUCCAAAGAGGGUGUUUUUAAGGAUAUUAUGAAUGAUCCUGGCAGAAUCAACGCAAUGACAGUUCAACAACUCAAGGCUGCAUUGCGGAAUGCUGGCCUCCCUGCCAAAGGUUGCAAGCGUGAACUUGUAUCUGCCUUGAAGAAUUAUUUGGAUAAGCAAUUAGAUGGAAUGCAAUUUUAAUUUUGAGAUCAAGUUUAAUUAUUUCCUUCAGUGUUCUAUUAAGCUUUGGUUCUUAGCUGCGAAGAUGGGGAAAGAUAAGAAAAUCAACAUUAAUAAUUAAAAUGAUGGCUACCAGUUUUCUGAUUUCUUUCUUCUCUUUCUUGUCCCUGAGAACCUGUUUGAGUUCAAUUGUAUGUUGUUCAUUUCCUAACAAUGGAUAUCCCUUGAGCAUGUACGUGAAAGUUCUCAUUUGGGAGAUGAACAACUUUCCUCCAUUUCUGCUCAAAGCAUCUCAGUGACAGGAAAGACUAAGACAUUAUCAGGUGAACUUGAUGCUAAAAUUGUCAUGAAAGGAAAGAAGCUUUCAAUCCAGGGUAGUGUUUCAGGUGCCUUAAGUUUCUUUGUUGCAGCAAUAGUAUGCUCAUUUGCUAUCACUAAUCAUUUAGGAACUUUCUACUUUCUGCUGAAAUGUGAUUGAGGUUAUCAGUUUAAGGGGUUUAAUUUUUCUAAUAAUUAAAUUAAGAUGCUUAUUUUGGUAAAUGUUGGUAGAAAAGAAGCCUUCUCAAGCAAUCAGGAAAGCAUCUUUGGUUAUUGAUGGCAAACACGCUAAUGGUGGAGUUAAUGUUCCAAUGAGUCAAAGUGAACCGUGGACAAUUUUUGCCCAGAAGAAGCCUCAGAAAGGGUGGAUAGUCUAUAAUCCACGAAUCAUGAGGCCUCCACCACUUAUGGGAGAUACUAAAUGUACAAAACUAAUGUCUUGGAAUGUGAAUGGGCUGAGAGCGCUGCUGAAGUUAGAGGGGUUCUCUGUUCUUGAGCUUGCUAAAAGGGAAAACUUUGAUGUACUGUGCUUACAGGAAACUAAACUGCAGGCAAGAUA